GCAACGCCUUCUAUACUCUGUAAGAGCGUUCCAUAUCUUCAAAAAGUCAGCUGAUCGGCAGAGACCCUCAUCAACAAAAGUGAAAGGAGAAUAGAUUAGUUUCCUCUUUCUCGUUGAUCCUUUUCUAUGACACAGAUGCAAGGAACCAAUGACCCUUCUCAAGACCGAAAUUAAUUCCAUUGAUCAAGAUGUCGCAAGAAGAUUAUCUUAUUCUUCCGCAAGACAGGAGUACCACUCGAACUGGCAGGUCAUUUACUUCAAAAUGUGGACAACUCUUUCUGGAUAAUGCCAAUAUAUUCAAGGCAUUCAUUGGUACCAACUUCUUGUCAAUCUCUUUUGCUCUUAGCAUGAGUGGUCUGUAUCUUGGCAUUGCUGGUCUAGUGCUUAUUGCAACUGCUACAGUCCACUGCUGUUACCUCAUUGUCAAGUGCAAGAGGUAUGCCAUCGAAGACAUUGUCAGGAAGUUCAACCUCCAUCCGGAGUCUUCCCACACACACAGGAAGCUGGUCCAGAGCAUCGAGAAGUCCUUGUCAUACGGGGACAUCUCGAGACUCACGCUGGGAAGAUGGGGUACCUGGGUCACCAAUAUCAGUCUGCUCGUCACCCAGCUUGGCUUCUGCAUCAACUACUUUAUCUUCAUCGGCAACACCAUUCAGAGGAUGUUCCCCGUCACGAAUAGCACCGUCGUACCCGCAUCGACCAUCCACCCUCGAACGCCACCGCAAUCACUAUCAAAUGCAGACGCACUGAUGGAGAGCACGACACAGACUGCGAACUGGACUCAUGUUAUGAACAAUGCACAUUCGUCGGCCCCGCCCUAUCAGCUGCUGAUGCUUAUACCAUUCCCAAUUUUCAUUGUGUUUGCUCUUUUGAGGAAGAUUAGGCAGCUUGGUUCGAGCAGUAUCAUCGCUAACGGGUCUGUUCUCAUAGCUUACGUCGUUGUCAUGUAUUACAUUCUCAGGGAUUUUGAGAUAAAUUCAACUAUUGUGAACGUGAACUGGAAACAAUUUCCUGUGUUCUUCGGGCAGGUGACGGCUUCAUAUGAGGGCAUCGGAACAAUUAUUCCGAUUGAAUCGAGCAUGGAGGGCAACCGUCACCUCUACCCUCUCCUCCUGCACAUCAAUGUCACCUUCUUCACCCUCCUCAUGGCUUCCAUCGGCAUCAUGGGAUACCUCUACUACGGCAAAGACGUCGAACAGAUGAUCAUAUGGAGCCUCCCUCUCCAGGAUCCGUUGACGAUCGCCGUCAACGUCACCCUGGUCAUAGCGAUCGUCUUCACCUACCCACUUCAGGUUUUUCCCAUUGUUGAGAUCAUGGAGCAGUUGAUAUUUGCACCCGGGCAAUGUCUAGGACCAUCCAAGCAGAGGAUGGUGGAGGAUGGAGUGGAGGAUUCAAUUAACAAGUCUGAUAAUGACAGAGAAGACCUUUGUGAGAGCACCGAUGAGAAAACCCAGCUUUUACAACCCAGCGAAGAUGAAGAAACCAGGCAGAUGAUGCAGACAUUCCGCCAGUGCGUCGUCACUGUUACCAUACCCGACUCCGUUGCAACUUGGAAGAGAAACACUUUGAGGGUUCUGAUUGUCGUCUUUCAAGCUGGGGUAGCGCUCACUCUGAAGAACAGUAUUGCUUAUUUUAGUGCCUUCACCGGUGCCAUCGGAAGUACGAUCCUAGGCUUCAUCCUACCCUGCACGAUACACCUGGUACUUAGAGGUAAACAGCUGAACCCUGUUGUCUGGAUCAAGAAUAUCUUCUUAAUCGUGAUCGGUGUGGCCGGAGGAGUAGCAGGCGUGUAUGUGUCGAUCGUUAGCAUCAUUGACCACGAGGGUUGAUGUCUCUUACAGGGUGUGUCCCGCACUAUUCAUUCUCUGGUCAUAAAGGGUAAAGGCCAAAGUCUAAAGGCCAAAGUAUAUGGCCCAUAUUCAGGAGUCGGUUGUAAUUUUGGCCAUGGUCUCACUCUGUGCUAAAGUAUGGGAGGCCAAACAUGUCAAAAAAUCUUGUUAACAUUGUAUUUUUCCUAUGUUUACUGUGCUCUUUUUUACUUCUUUAAUGAAGAUAACUUGGUUCCAUAUUUGCCCCGGCGACAAUUGGUCCGCUAGAAAUUCUACGCAUAAUUAUUGUUAGUACGGGAAGCUACAGAACAUCAGCCAGGCCAGGAAGACUUAUCCACUGGGCCACAAUGCUCCACAUGCCAGGAAUGGAAUGUUUAAAGCAGUUUGCCAUGUACUCUUCAUGUACUUCACCCUGGAAAGAAUUUUUGGCAUCAUAUUAGCUCAAUUUUUGAUGGGACAAGAUAUUUAGUGUGACAUAUUGGAAUGAAAUUUUGGCAAGACCAUUACUCAAGUCUUUCAAUUUUUCAUAUCACAUUAUGAUCAUGUUAUUGUCAAUGUAUGUAAUCUUUGUUCCAUUUCUAAUCUUAGUUACUUUUUGCUCUUGGUCAUAAAUCUUAUGUAACUAAAAAAUGAUUACAUUUUUUUUCUAAGUGAUGUUUGAAAGGCAUUUAUUAAGAAAAAAAUCUAAAAUUUCCUAGAAAUCAAAGAAACAUUCCAAAUCAAACUAAAGCAACCUUACAAAUGCAUAAACACAAGCUAAGUUUACCGAAAUAUUAAGAUGUUGAAUAUAUUAAAAAAAGGAAACAAGCAUAACACAAAAAAUCAAAUAAAUUAAAUCUGGCAUAACAGACCUAUUGUAUUUCAAGUUCUUAAUUACUCCCCCUAAAAAGACGAAUGAUAACCUAACUCAUUUUUUUUUCUUCAGAAGUUUAUUAAAGAUACAUUAAUGGAUUACACAUGUUUAUUAUAUGAGGGGUAAACUAUUUCAUAGUAUACAAUACAAAAUGAAUAUUGUUUGUGUGACAAUUGGCUGAUUUGAACAGACCAAGGAAGAGGGAUUUGUGAAAAUGAACAGAACAUUACAAUAACAUAAUCAUGUAGGAUUUUGAGGAAUUUUCAGUGCAAUGCUUGUUUGAUUGUUCAUUUUCUUUUUUAAAUAUUAAAAUCAACAUGUUAUAGGGAUGGAUUGGACUUUUAAUUAUGUAUGGCUACCAAAAUUGUAUAUAUACAUGUAUAUGUGCAUGUACAUGUAUAUACAUGUGUACAUGCAUAUAAAUGUAUAUAAACAUGUACAUGUAUAUUAAUAUAUUGAGAUGAGGGUCAACUUUAAAGGAUGACGCGGGAAUAUUCUUAGCUUGUCGUUAUUUAGACUUUGUCAGAAGCGGUCUGUAAAUAUAGACUAUAAUGAUGACAGACAGUAAAGUAGGAUGCCUAUUCUCUCUUGUUCUCAAUAUAUAUAUAUGACAAUAAGUAAUUCUGUGUUUUGGAUAUAGAUGAAGAAACAAAAGAGACAACAAAGUACAUCUUUGCAAGAUAAUUCAUGGAUUGUUGGGGACAAAAAGAAGAUUCUGCACAAAAUUGCAUUAAGGCGUUGAUUUUUUGACGUUUAAUAAAACGACCAAUGAUGUAGCGUUCAAUGCAGUUCAAGAGAUAUAAUCUCAAUGAGCAUACACUGUAGCAUAGCAUACCGUAGCGUAAUUUGGCAUAAUUCAAUAUGUAUAAAGAGAACAAACAAAUUGAACCGGAAAUUAGACCAUGUCUCUUUAAUACACAGUCAUUGCAAUCUGAAUAUCUAUAUUUGUCUGAAUCAUAUCACACUUUGAAUUGAAAUAUCUUAAAUAAAUGCUAAACCUGAAUGAAUCAUCAAAUCAUAUUCAAUUUCUUUGGCUGGAACUGUGAACUUUGCUUUACAUAAUACUAGUUGACCAAGCUUCAUCCUAGACGGAAUCUGCUACUUUGGAGAAAUUUCAAGCACUCGGUUGAAACGUAUUGCUCGAUGUUUUGUGACAUGUUUCGAAGCUGAAAUUAUAGGCCGCAACCGAUUUUUACCUAUGAACACAUUAUGGUAUCUGCAACAAAUAAAUAGUUUCGAUCAUCGAAACAUCGCAUGAAGUUCCAACAAAAACUUUAUUCCAAUGUAUAUUCCAAAUUUUUGAUGCAACCCCACAUCUUCAGGGAUAUUGCAAUGUCUAGUCAUUGUUAAGUUUUGUAUUUUGUUGGAACUUAAUGAAUUAUCUGGCAAAGAAGUACUCUUUGUCUCUUUUAUUAUUUAUACAUAUCCUUUCCUCUACUUGAUCAUUUGUGUGAGGAAGUGUUCUAUUAUGUGUACGACAUAAAUAAAAUAUUGCAUUUAUAGUUUUGAUAUCUAUUUUUUAUACCAAAUUGACUUAAUGGAGUUUCUCUGCACAGUAUGUAAUUAUAAUAUAUGGAAUCUAGAGGCUUCCUGCUUAAGAUUAAAGUAUUUUUAUAUCUUGGAUUAUGAUAUCAAUGCACAAAUUAAUGUAAAUGUUAUAUUGCAAUAAUGUGUUUCUCUUGACUUAUAUGUAACUUAUUUUUUCGAGUUUUGCUGCAAUGUAAAUGUGAUUUCUUUUCAUUUCCUUUUCAACAAUUUGUCCUUAUCAUCACUCAGUUUCAUUAUCAUUAUUAUUGUCAGUUAUGGCAAUGGCAUUGCUAUGGAUAUAAUUACAUGAAUAUAUUGAUUAUUGUUGUUACUAUACUUGCCAAAAGUAAUGAAAGAAAACUAUGCGGAAAGGGUCCUUCCAACGCCUGAUACACUUGAAAAUGUUGGUUUUUUUUUUUUUGGGGGGGGCGCAUCUUAGGCACUUUUGCUUUUACAAGUAUACAUGUAUAACCUGGUGCUAAAAUAUUAAAGAGUAACAAAUAGGCCUUCAUCUGACCAUUCCUGCCUUAUAAAAAAACUUUUCAUGAUGACAAUAUUGUCAGUGGUAAUUUGCAUGCAAGUGCGAGGAAUGUAGCCAUAGGUGGCGGAAGCGGGAGGGGGGGAUGGGACGGGGGGACAGGUCCCCCUAAAAUUGAGUUUAUUUUUUUUUUUUGGUGGUCAAAUUUUUUACCUGUGUCCAUCACAAAAUUUCAGAUGGACCCCCCCCCCCUAAAUUUUUUGGCUUCUGCCACCAGUGAAUGUAGCAACUAAUCAACAAAUUAUUUAUCAAGAGCAAACCCCAGAGCAAAACUAGUAUUGGACGUAUUUCAAUCUUUACUAUUUAUUGUUUGGACAUUGCAAUGAAUGGUUUUGUGAUAUUUUGGCAUAGCGAUUCAGGGUUUUGUCACAUUACGCUCUGACAAAAAUGAACAUUUUGCAUAUCCCCAUCUCUGAGGUAGCAUAAUGAUGGAGUAAAAAAACAAUAUAUGUUGAAAUUUGGCUUUAUGUUGCUCCAUAAUAACUUUUUUUUAAACAUUUUUUUUUCCUUUUGGUAGUUUUCAAAAUUUAAGAUCCAAAUUUCACAGGGAUAUCUUUGUUUAUUUUUGUUGUGGGUGGGGUGCCUAUCUAAUCAUCUCUGGUAUGUCUUUCGUCUCAUAUGUGAUAUCUGGCACUCUCUAAUAAUUUGUGGAAAUACAUGCUUUCGUUUUAGAAUGCCUACAUGUACAUGUGCAUUUAUUAGAGAAAGUAUGAUAACCUGAUAAUUGGAUAUAUAUUCAAAUACAUGAAAAGGCCAUUUUUAUUUUCACAUGUCUGCAAUACAAAGAGUGCAUCCAGUUUUUUACGGGUCAGGCAUUUCUGUACAAUAUGUUGAUGUGAUAAUAGAUAUUGGACUACUCAUCAGGGAGUGUGGUAUGUGCAUGAUUCUAUGCGGGCAAGAAUUAUUGAAUCGGCUGAGUGGGGUAAUAAUUUACCGUAAGUGAUAUCAGACUGCAUUGUUAUUACUGUUAUCUUGUCAGUUUGUAAAAAAACAUGUAUUUUCAGAAGAAAAAGAAUGUGAAAUUUCUAAUUUCAUUCCGGACGGUCAUUGAGAAAAAGAUUUAUUGAAAGAAUAUUAUGACCUUUGAUUUGUCUGUACUCUCAUGCCUGCACUGAGUGUAUGUGCAGUGCUCAUACAUGUAGAAGGGGCAUUGAAAUCUGCAUUUUUUCUGCUAAGGAAAAGUAGCUUUUGAUAAUCUUUGUACACUCUAUAGUGCACUCUCUUUACCUCUUAGUUUAAUGUCAACUUAUAGAUGAGUAAAGUGAGAUA